GAAAUAAUCGUUUAAAUCACUGUCUUCCAACACUAAAUCAGUAAUUUCAUGUGCUAAACCAUACACCUCCGGUCCCCAAGAUCCUCGCCGGCAACAGUGUGAUUGCCGCCAUUUUCAAAUGUUUGUUUUUCUUCAUAUCCCUUUCUCAUAACAAACAUUGCUCAAAUCCUCUACUUUCUCUUUACAGAAUCAGAAGCAAAAUCAAUGAAGAAUGAAGCUGAAGCCAUGGUUUCUGAUCAAUCUCUCAGACCCAGAAAACCCAAGUCCCGGGAAGUGAGCUCUCGGUUCCUCUCUCCGAGUACCAUAGCCCCUGAUAUGGGAACCCUGUCUCCGAACAAAUUUUACUCGCCUUCCCGUCGGAAAUCAACCUCCGUUGAUACCCGGAAGCACUGGAGCCUUGAGGAUGCCGGAUUAAGUGUUGGAGGUCUCUGGCCAUCAUCUUCAUUGAGUACGAAACAGGAAACUCUGGCGGAUCAUCUGGGUAACGAGAGGUUAAACGAUUUGCUUGAGCGGAGAACCCGAGAUAAAUCGGAGAAUCAUGGGGUUUCUUCGCUCAGUCGGCAGCGGAGCUGUUCUGAUCGGUUCAAUAAGUUUGAAAGCGAGAAGGAAAUCGCCAAAGAAAAUCAUCGGCCGUCUCUGAUUGGAGGCUCAAUGAGGUAUACGGGAAGGUUAGGGUUUCCGCGGAAAUCGUCACCGUCGCCGACAUCGUCUUCGUCUUCAUCGAAUUCCACUGUACAGAGUUCCACUAUUUUACCCGGUCGAUACUCUGUUGACGAGAACGAACUUUAUAAAAAAUCAUCAGUACCGAGAUCGGAGCCUUUUAUUCUCAAUCUUGAUUCAGAAUCCGAGAUCAGUAGUGAAAUGUGUUCCACGGCGGCGAAAAACCCCUCUCCAGUUUCUAAAAAAUCGGGUAUGGAGGUUUCGUCGAAAUACCUGCAGCCGACCAGGUAUAGAAGGGGGACUUCCAAUUCAAACAUAAUCAGCCCCGUAUCAGCAGAUUAUUCACCAAAGGCUAAGAAAUUUACGAUGAAAAAUGCCAUGAAGAGGGCCAAUUCGCUUGCCGGGUACGGCAGUGCUACAUCACAGUGGGCCUUAUCCCCAGGACGAUCAGGGUCGCCGCCUAUGUCAGUGGAAAGCAAGACUGUGCCGAUCACAUUUUCGAGUUUGAAACCACCCAGUAGUCCUUCCAGGUCGAAGGGUAUGGAGAAAUUGCUAAAUUUGUUUAAGGUUAAGAAAUCAUCAUCUUUACUUGGGGGUUCUGGAGAUGUGGAGAGUGUUCAUCGGUUAAGACUGAUGCAUAAUCGACUGAUACAGUGGCAGUAUGCAAAUGCUAGGGCCAAUGCUGUCAAUGCCAACAUGGUCAACCAAUCUGAGAGCAAUUUGUUAUGUGCUUGGAGUAGUCUUGUGAUAUUACAACAUUCAGUGCUAUAUAAGAAACUACAACUUCAGAAGGAAAACCUUGAGAUGAAGCUGGACCUUAUACUUCAAUCUCAGAUCAAGCCAUUGGAAGCCUGGGCAGAGAUGGAGAGGCAACACCUAACAGCAAUUUCUAGGACCAAAGAGUGCUUGCAUAAUGUUGUCUGCAGAGUACCCCUCAGUGAUGGCGCAAAGAUCGACAUGCAAUCAGCUUCCAUAGUGCUCAGACAUGCAUUAGAAUUCACAGGUUCCAUAAAGUCAGAGCUAGCUGCUUUUUCACGUUUGAUUGAGAACAACGCAUCAUUUCUCUCGGAAUUAGCAAGGGUGGCUACACAAGAGAAGCUGCUAUUAGAGGAGUGCCUUGAACUUUUCAGGUCCAUUUCUAUCCUAGAGAUUGAGGAAAGGAGCUUAAGGUGUGAAGUUAUGCAACUGAAUUUGAGGCAAAGACAACUGCUAGAACAACAGUAGAAUAAAUAAUUUUUCAUGAUUUCUUUCUUUCUCAUUCCAGUUUGGUCAUGAUUUAGGGGUACAGUCACACCAUUAAAUACAUAUUUCUGUAGGAAUUCUUUAGGAUGUAAGGAAAAGAGAUGUGUGAUGUAAAUCUGAUUAUGUUCUUUUAAUUACAUUCAGGGAAGAAAAUUUUGACAUUGAA